AGUGCGCAUGUACAACCAUCGCAGCAAACAGCUGAUCCGGUGUUUGCAAAUUGUAGCGACUCGCGUUUUGACACAAGGCCGUAGCGAAAAACCCCCCACCACAACAAAGAAAGCUGCACACAGUUUUUCUUCGGCAGCUCUCUUCUACAUCCCACAGUGGCGCUAAAUUUCACUCGUUUACUUAAAUCCGCAAAGCUUGUACGCACGAUGAGCGAGGCGGCCCACGGAAACCGGAUACCGCAGGCGUUCGAGGGCGAGGAAGAUGGCCAGCAAGACAUUUGGAUCUUCGGAUACGGAUCGCUCGUAUGGAAGGCCGACUUUCCGUUCGAGGAGAAGCGUACCGGCUACAUUAAAGGAUUUCUGCGGCGCUUCUUCCAAAACAGUAUCGACCAUCGGGGCACACAGGACCGGCCUGGCCGUGUGGUGACUUUGGUACACUCGGACGACCCGGAAUCGAAGGUGUGGGGCAUGGGCUAUCGUAUCGGUGCGUCGGAGAAGCUGCAGGUACUGAGCCACCUUGACCACCGGGAGAAGAACGGCUACGAUCGGCACUGUGUGAAGUUUUAUCCCUACCCGCCGUGCACGGCACAGUUGAACGAACCGCAACCGAUACUGCUGUACGUGGCCACGCAGGACAAUCCAUCGUUUGCCGGGCUGCACGACACGCUGGACGAGAUUGCGGACCAGAUACUGGGGUCCGCUGGGCAGAGUGGGAAAAACCCGGAGUACGUGUACAAGCUGGCGGAAGCGAUGAGACAGCUUUACCCGGGCGAGCGGGAUGACCAUUUGUUCGAGCUGGAGCAGUUGCUGCUAAAGCGUGAGUGUAGGCCAGAGCCACCGACGACGGAUGGGGAUACCAGCCGGUCGGAAGCUAGUAAGGAAGGCUAGUGGGAAGUGGGGAACGAGCCUUGCGGUGCAUAUGCUGGCAGUGCACAAUAAUUAGCCGGUGAUCUCGUCUCCGUUACCGCGCGCAGCACCACACACGUAUUAGAUGGUUUCGCGAACGGUAAUGUUUCACAACAGAUCGGUAUGGUUUUUGAAACCAACAUUUAGCUGCACAAUACAUUAAACAAUUGAGCUGCAAA